UAAAAUCCAAAAUGAGACCUAAAAAGGCGCAACUAGAGAAGGAUGAAAAUGGAAACCCAUAUCUCACAGAAAAGUUCUUAGUUGAUCUAUGUGAAGAGAACCAACAGUACAUGACUCCUAAGCUAAACACCUGUCUAUAUCUGCAUUAUAAAGGCUUUUCCAAAAUAGAAGCUUUAGAGAAGUACGUCAACUUGGCUUGUCUCUGGUUAGAAAGCAAUGGUAUUAGAAGGAUUGAGAAUAUCUCCCACCUCGAGGAACUCAGGACUAUCUAUCUGCAUCAGAACAUCAUCAGUAAGUUAGAGGGUCUGUCUACUCUGACUAAGCUAGUCACCCUUAACCUUUCUCAUAAUAAUAUUAAGAAGAUCGAAAAUCUGGGAGGCUGCUUCAGUUUGAAAAAUCUUGACCUCUCCCACAACAUGAUUAUUGAUUACAAGGACUGUAAGGGCCUUAGCGACUGCAAGAGCCUGACUUCUGUCGACCUUUCUAACAACCACAUCGAGUAUGAGGAAGGUAUCCUUGAUUUCUUCUUCGAGCAUCAAAAUUUCCUCUGAUUCUACUUCAAAGGAAAUCCAGCUCUGAGAAAAAUCAAAAUGUUUAGAAAGAAAGCCAUCAAUGGAUUUAAAAAGUUAAAAUACCUCGAUGAUAGACCAGUCACCGAACUUGAAAGAAUAGCUUCAGAAGCAUGGUGCACUGGAGGCCAUGAACUAGAGAUGCAAAAGAGAAAGGAAUACCAAGAAGCAGACCUCGCCAAGAAGAGAACUUAUUACUGUAGAAAUAUGGUGCUUCAAGAAGAAUACAAGAAGUACAAAGCUAUCAAAAUCGAGAACAUGAAGAAAGAUACAAGAGAAAAGAGAGACAAGUUAAUGGAAAAGAAGGAUAAAUUAAGAGAAAUGAUCAGAAAAGCCAGACCACACACUGAGGAGAAGAAAAAGAUGGAAUAUGAAAUGGAAAAUUUAGACACUGAACUUAACCACGACAUGUUUGAUAUCCUCAAGGAUGACAAUAUUGCAGUUCCUCCAAUGAGAAGAGUCGCAGAUCAGAGGAAUCAACCUGAAGAGCUUAUUAGAAGAGAGCAGAGUAGAAGAGAACAACUUGAGGAAGAAGCAAAAGAAAGAGCGAGACAGGAAUAUCUUGAUAGAGAACGUCCUGAUCUUCCUAAAGCCCCAGGACUGAUUCCAACUCCUGUAGCAGAGCAACCAAGAGUAAAGAGUAAAGCUGAAAGAAUGAGGGAUGAAGGAGUUGUAAUGUCGACUGACUCUGAAAGUGAGAAUGAUCCUACUCUCCCAGCAAAGAGGGCAGGAUAUAGAAGAGAGAUAUUCAAAUGGGAUGAAUUUUAUGAGAAUAAACUUGAAGAAAUUCUUAUCCAACAUAUGUUCGAUUUUACAAAAGCAGCUCAUGAGUUCUCAUCAAUGGUUAACAAUUUUGAAGAUGAUAGCCCUGAAAACAGAUUCUACUAUGAAAUUAACCCUAAAAUACUCCAAAUGAAGUGGACUGAUGUUGAAAUUAAGAAAUACAGAAUCGUAGAAUUUACUAAAGAUAAAGAAGAGCAAGACGAAGACUCUGAAGAAGAUCUUCCUCCUCUAGAUGCUUUUGAAGAUGAUGAUCCAGUUAGAACUUAUAGCCAAGAACCUGCAGAAAAGCCGGCAGAAAAGAAACCUCAAACUAACUUGUUCCAUCAAUUCAGCUCAAGUGAUAGCGAAGAGGAUGAUCAAGAAGGAACUAAUUUUGAAGAACUGGAUUAAUUCAA